AUGGUUGAGGUGAAACGCUUCUUUCAAUGGAUUCUUGGAUGCACUUAUGCGAAGAAGACUUUUAGAACAAGAAUGGCUGAAAUGUUUCAUUUCGCCGAUGCUCCACACAUUGUUGUCUACGAGAGAAGUGAGGAACGCCCGUGGUAUUGGAUGGUCGGAAUAAUCACGGCUGUCCUCGUCGCUGUUCUCAGCCUCUACUACACACUCGAAGCUGGCGUCCGUGCUGUUCGAAAGUUCAUGUACUCGGUGCUCCGUGAGCCACCGCAAAGCACUGUUUCCACUCCUCGAUGCCUCUCACCAACUACUCCAUCUAGCAAGAAGACGUCUCCUCAAAUACCGAUAACUUCAGAAGCACCACGUCAAAAAGUUCCGAUGAAUGAGCCGGUCAAUUGUGUUUUUAUAAGACCAGCUAUUCCGAAAUUGAGUGCUGAGGGUACUGUACCUAUUCCGAAUAUGAAUUCGGAAGAAGAUACGAUGGUUGAUGCGGAUAGAGUGAUGACUUCAAAAAAUGAAAAAGACAAGGAGAAGAGGGAUAAAACGAAGAGUCCGCCGUCGAUGAAAUUGGAGGAAGUCAAGUUUGAUGCGUCGUCGAAUGUCAAUAUUAUUCCAACAAUGGUGCCGUCCCCAUCAGUUUCAAGUAAGAAAUCCAACCGAAAAUCAACAGGAUCAGAGGAGAAGGAAGCCGCUCCGGAAGCAUCAGUUUCCGAGGGAGGUCGCAUGGAUGAGUGGUUGACAAAGCAGGUAGCCGGAUGUGAGAAAUUGAUUGCUGAAAGAGCAAAUGCUGGAGAGGAAAUUGAUUUUGAGGAGACGGGAGCUCAAAUGGUUUCCAACGGAUUUAUAGAGAAGAUUCAACAGUUGAUUGAGGCACAACUUGAGCAAUCGAGCUGUCUGGAGGAUAGUUCAAAUUCAGUUUUGUCGAUGGAAAGUAUUAUUUCAAGUCUGAUAGAAAUUGAGCCAUCGUUUGAAGAGACUCAGAGCAAUUCUCCAUUAUCUGAAGUAACUAAUGAGAAACCAACAUUCAAACAGAGUACAGCAAGAGCGAUGGCUACAGUAAGCUCUGUGUGUGAGAAUGAUGAUGUUGACAUUGUUAUUGAUGAUAACAGCUUGUACACUGAUAAGGAAAACGAGUGUGGCGGGAGUAUUCUUGUCCAAGAAGGCCAACAAAAAGUAUUGUUCCGCUGGACCGACGAGUGCCCGAAUACCAUUGACACUGUCACUUUGACUGGUUCAUUUUUUGGAUGGAAUAUGAAUAUUCCGAUGAAAAGAACUGGAGUCACCACUUUUGAAGUUUCAAUUGAUUUGCCGGCUGGAUUACACGACUACUUGAUUAAUAUUUUCCGUUUUGAUUAA